AUGUCCGUCCCCAAAUGCUCUGGUCACCUCAUUCGCUCCCUUCUGCUGCUGUCAUCGUCCCCCCACCCACACCAGGCGCUCUACCGCAUAGGGUUUGACGGAGCGUCCAAGGGCAACCUUGUGCCUCGCCUCUCUUCCUCCACAUCACCACCCCUCCCCCCUCCCCCACCCACACCAGGCGCUCUACCGCAUGGGGCGCUCUACCGCAUGGGGUUUGACGGAGCCUCCAAGGGCAAUCCAGGGCGGGCAGGGGCGGGGUCUGUGCUGUGGGAUGAACAAGGCAACGAGCAGAGGCAACCCGGGGCGGGCAGGGGCGGGCUCUGUGCUGUGGGACGACCAUGGCAACGAGGCGUGCUUCUGUGUGGCAAGGGAAACCUUGGGAGGACAGGGGCGGGAUCUGUGCUGUGGGACGACCACGGCAACGAGGGGCUACCUGGGGCGGGCGGGCAGGGGCGGGCUCUGUACUUAGGGACGAGCAUGGCAACGAGGGCUACCUGGGGCGGGUGGGCAGGGGCUAUCUGGGGCGGGCGGGCAGGGGCGUUGUCAGUUCUGUGGGAUGAACGCGGCAACGAGAAACGAGCUGAAUCGAACUUUAGAGUGUGGGACCUCCCCUCCCACAUCCCUUUCGGCGACUCUCAUCCGUCUUUCCCCCCAUCCCGCCCUUCCUGCCCCCUCCCUACCCCACACUACCUGCCAGUUGGUGUGCAUGAGGGAGGGCGUGGGGCACAGGACAAAUCUAUUCGCAAUUCCCAACUGUUUUCUUCCCCAUACCCGCCCCCUUUCCUUCACCCGCCCCCCUCCAUACACCACAUUACCUGCCAGUUGGUGUGCAUGAGGGAGGGCGUGGGGCACGGCACGUGCAACAUGGCAGAGUAUCGCGCGUUCAUAGGGGGGUUGGAGCUGGCGCUGGCUCUUGGGAUCGAACGAAUACACGUUCAAGGAGACUCCAUGCUGGUCGUCAUGCAGGUGGGAUGGGUAGGGGGGGAGGAGCGGGUGUUUGGUGUACGGCAAUCCACUAGUCACCCCGUUUCAUCACAUGGCAGAGUAUCGCGCGCUCAUAGGGGGGUUGGAGCUGGCGCUGGCUCUUGGCAUUUCUCGGUGCAGAACAAAUGGAAGGUGAACGCCGAGAUGCUGAGGGAGCCGUGCAUGCAAGCGCAGCAGCUGGUGUGCCGGUUCAGAGAGAUUGCCAUCCGGCACGUGCCCAGGGAGUGGAACCAGUUGGCGGAUCGACUCUCCAAUGAGGCAGUUCCUCUCGAAGAGGACGAGCGGGUGAUAGUUCCCUCCGUUGAAGCCGUACCUCUGCCCACUCCUACCAUGCCGUCCGGGUUAAUGCUGCGGCUCGAUGCGGAGGGGCGGGCGAUCGACUUUGACGCAUGGCUGCUCAACGCCACACUCCACCUGCGGAGCCAGCUCCAGGGUAACGUUACCCUGUACGCUCACGCGUCGGACCUCCAUGUCACCACCACGUUUCCUGCAUACGUGGACUAUGCUAUCUGUACGGAUCGUACCACUAGGGCACAUCUUGCCACUUUCUUCUGGGACCCUGUGUCGGGUCUUUACACAUUGCGCACUGCUGUGAGCAGCAAUGGCUAUAGUGUGGCUGCGUAA